AUGACUAGUAGUCUUGCUGUUGGGGCCACCAGAAAACCUUGUUUAGGCAACGGUCCUCGGCCAUGCGUGAUGAUUCUCCUCCUUCCCGUCUAUAAUAGGCAUGCCCAGAUUGAUGCCAUCCACGAUGGCCGCCUACACAAUAGCAAAAAGUUUAUUGCUUGCUGUCUUGGCCGCCAUUCACAGCUUGAUCUAGAGCCUGCUCCCACUCCGAAGGAACCCUUCUCCACUACCGAUGCCCGUCCGUCCGGAAACCCGUCCCUAUUAGAGUUCGAGCAAGUACUUCCGAUUGACUCGCAUCCUAGUGUUCCAGGAGCAAUAGCUGCGACACACUCUUCUUCUCACCUGCUGACUUUACUACCGCACUGGUGGCUGAUACUCUCUGCGGACGGCACUCCUCUGGCCGAUAUUACGGUUUGGACCAUCAAGAUAGUCCGCACAUCGGUUGUCAUGUCAAUUAAAGCAGCUGAGCUCAUCUUGAGUCCAGAACACUGCCCGACGAAUUGUGAUUUUCACUUUGCAUCUGGCCCCAUUCAUUCAAUUGCUCUCAACGGACCAUCACAUCGAGAAGAUGGUCUCGACGAGGUCGACCGUGUUCCUUCUGCUAAUGUGCAGCCGACAACUUGCGCUAAAUUCGCUGUAACCUCGGACCCGAAAGUAUUCAUGCGGUCUGCAUAG